UCAUUUCACGUUAGUUCUCCAUCGCGAACGGGUGAGCACGCGGUUUUUGCUAACAGACAGACUAGCUUGUGAACCAGUGAACCAGUCGGUGAAGUGGCAGAAGAACAAUCGUGUGGUCGGUCGCGACGGCGUACGGUUUGCCCCUGAGAAGACAAACACCCACGUCAAAUCCGUCUGUCUUCGAGGAGCAUCGAGUCAACAUACAAAUAGAACGAACGACCUCUUUCUGGUAGUAACUGAAGCGGGCGACAAGAGGCGAGUGUGUGAAUACCAACAACAAAAUUAUACCAUUUUACGGCCAACUCCGAUCGAUUUAGCGCAUCUGCUGAGUGUCAGAAAGUGUGUUUGUUUACUUCGAAAAAAGGGGGGCUUCAGUAGUGUUGUGUUAGUGUACUAAAGUUACAAGAAAAAAAUACGAUGGGUAGCAUAAAGUUUGACGAAAACAAUGCUCCCUACAUCCACCUUACCGAGGACUACUGCAUCCGACUGGAAAGCGAUGAAUUCACCGAUGCCAAGUCCAAGGAAAAAGCCGCACGUGAGCUACGUGAGACGCCUGAAGUGGUAGCCGAAGCGUUUAAGGUUCUGAGGGCUCGAUUGCAAGAGGAAAAAUCACUUUACGUGCCCAUCGAAGACGAUGCAUUCCUUGUCAAGUUCCUGCGACCGUGCAAAUACUAUCCGGAAAGCGCCUUUGCCCUGAUUCAGCGCUACUACCGGUUUAAACUGAAACAUCCAGAAAUUUGCAAGGAUCUGCUUCCGGCGACGGUGAAGCACGUCUACGAGGAAGGGUUGGUGUUUUUUCAACCUCUGCGCGAUCAGAACGGCAGUCGGAUACUGGUGCUGGAGGUGGGCAAAAAAUGGAAACCAUCGAAGGUGCCACUGAACGAUCUGUUCCGUGCGAUGCAGGUCGCCCUGGAAGCGGGCAUGACCGAACCGCGCACCCAGCUGAACGGUGCCAUCGUCAUCCUGGACAUGGACGGUCUGUCGUUGUCGCAGAUCAUCCAGUUUUCACCGCGUUUCGCGGCCAUGGCCGUCGAGUGGGUCCAGGAGUGCACGGCAAUGCGCCUGAAGGCGAUCCACGUCGUCAACAAUUCGUACCUGUUCAAUAUGCUGUUUACCAUCUUCAAGCCGUUUUUGUCCGAUAAGUUGAAGAAACGGAUAACCUUCCACAACCGGGAUUGGGCUUCGCUGUCGGCUCAGAUCGAUCCGGGCUGCCUGCGACCACGCUAUGGCGGAACAUUGGAAACCCCUGAAUUCGAAGGACGGCUCAUCGGUGAAUUGCUUACACUCUAUCAGAAGGAUUACGAAAUCGCCAAUUCUUACGGCUAUACCAAAAAAGUUUAACAAUUAAAGCAUCAAUCUGUUUACCAGGUUAUAUCAACAACGUUAAAUUAUGUCAUAAUUUAUGGUUAUUUGUGAUAAAUCAGUGUCAGGCUUAAGGAUAUUAUUAAUUGCGAAUAAUUUUAAACAGGGUCGUCCGCUGGUUUUAAACUGUAACAAAGUAAGUAUUUAAUUAACAAAACAAAACGGAAACAUCUUACAUCAAUUAUAAUUAAUAAGAAUUAUAAGAAUGUAAAAUAUUUAUUGCGAUCAACAAUAUCAAUUAAUUGGAAAUAUUCAAUGAAUGACAAUAAUAAAGUCUCUCGUUGAUUAGCACACAAGCGAAAAACUGUCACAGCACAGA